CUGCAGCGAGUCUAGCCACGAUUUUCUCGUGGGAAUUAACGUGUGAUGCGAUCGCCUUCGUUGCUGGUAACACUUGUAACGCGCUGCCGGCAUUGCCGGUGAGGUGAAUGACACGUGAUUGAGAUGAGGUAUAUCACGCGUCACGUUUUUCUUAGGAAAAAAAAAUAAGGGAGGGUGCUAAUGCUGGUGGAACGCAUGCGCGAUUGGUAUAAAACCUGGCUGCAUCGCCUUGCCGCGGUUCAGUCGGUUCAGUGCGGCGGUCACCACAAGUGGAAGCGCCGAUCCGAGACACCACCUUUGACUUGAACGCAUUGAUGCAUCGUCGUGAGUGUGGUGCAGAUGACAUAGCUACAGGUAUGUCUGCAAAGGCCUGUGGCCUUUCCAGUUUUGCAAGUGGGGCGAUGGAUAGUGGAGGCACCAAGGGCGAUGGUGACAGCCGCACUGAGAGAAUAGAAAGGUACAAGAAGCAGAGACGGGAAGAAUUGGCAAGGCACUACAUGACAAAAACAGCUGCAUCUGAAGAGAACACUGCCACUACAGCUACGAAAGUUAAAGCUGCAACAAAAAGUGCUGACACAGAAAGCCACAGUGGCAAGGGAUCUGCCCCAGAACGAAAGAACGUCGUACCAAGUGUUCGAAUGACUAGGACGUCUCGUCUUCGUGCACUCUCCCAUGCUGCCAAUACACAGGGUGCUUCAGCCGAACAACCGUCAAAGCCAGAACUGCCACAUCGUGGGGAGCGUCAAAGUUUGAGGCCCCUGGACCUGAAUGACAACAUCCCAGCAAGGGCUCAAGUUUUCUCUGGUAGCAGCAGAGCAGAGAACAAAGUUGUGGCUGGGUCUUCCAAACCAACUGCCGAAAAAAGCCCCAUCAAGCGGAAACCACCGGCAGCUGUGAGGCACUCCCCUUCACGAGGCUCAAUGGGCCAGCUGCAGUCGCGCCGACCUGGUGCUUCGGGCGAUUCGAAGCCGGCGUGUGAUGAGAAGCCCCCGUCUGGUCAUGCUGCAGAAGACCAGGCUGAGAACAUUGUUCCUCAUGUGAGCCCACAGCCAGGUGGCAAGCAAUUGGACGCUUUUGACACAUUUGGUGAGGAAGAGCCAAGUUGCAGCAAUACUUUGUCAGGAGAGGAAGAGUCUCAAGCCACUGCUUUCAACAAGCACUGCUCAGUGCUCCCUGAUGUUCCAUGCAACAAGGGAGAGCCAACAUCACCAAAAGUGUUCAGCGUGACCUUUCACACGACCUCGACAUCGUACCUGCAGCCUUCUGAUAGACCGACCUCUAGUUCCAAAAGUGCUGUUGCCAAAGUGCAACUGCCUAGUGUUUGUGUAGCGAUUGACACCAGCUGCUUGUCCGAAAGUUCAAACCAGUUCACAAAGCCAGAAGUGCUUAGGCCCUGGACAAAGUUGUACUCUCCUGUAAAGCAGCCACCAUUGACAACGAGAGCUCCAAGUACCACUGCGACAGGUUUGAAUGUUCCUGUAGAGAGCAAGCCUGCUGCCUUGGAAAGCUCGUCCCCUAUCAUUGGGAGUCAAGAAAAGCUACAACAGACGCAUCACACCCUAACCCUAGAUAGAAUCUUAGUAGGUACUGAAAGCUGUGGGACAGUGCAGUCCAGUCUAGGUUCAAGUUUGUGCAGCGACCUUGCUUCUCAUCCACAGAGCAGUGUUCAAGUGGGGUCACCAAGAAAGGAAUUAGACUUGCUUGCAACUGAACAGCCAAGUUUCCAGCUCGAAGCCUCAGAAAGAAGUAAAAGUCUGUUUGGGGAGGCAGAAUUUGAGAAAACACAAGUUUCUUGUGAGGGCGAGAUAAUCGUUGAGACAAAGCUAGAAGAAUUGAACCUUCAAAAAAAGAGUGAGUGGAGUGCCUCAUUUUCAGAGUCCGUACACAGCAUUUUGAAAGCCAACGCAAGGGAAGACGACAAACCACGCCACUCUAUUCUUAAGAAUCGCUCAAGCAGCUCGGAAGAGAGAGACCACUCUCCCGAGCUUCACUCCAUCCUCAAAAGCAAGGAGGACAUCGCCAAGCCAGAGGACACUGCCAAGCCUAAGCCAAUUCUCAAGAAGCACGAGGACACGUGCGUCCAUAGUGAGCCAAAACCCAUCCUCAAGCGCAAGUCUGUCGACGAGGAUGCUGAGGAACGCCUGAAGCCCAUACUCAAAAACCAGCAGCAGAGGCGUUGGAGCCACGAGCAUUCCCCGGAAAAAGGAGACGCCAUUGUUGUGCGAAGGAGGUCUCACUCCACAGAACUUGAAACCAAACCCGUGCUCAGUUUUGUGGAAACUGCUGCAAAUGCUGUUGCAGUACGGACUGGUGUAGAAGAAAAGCCUGAACCUUGCAGGCCUACAGAGUGUGUUGUGGUAGAAUCCUUGACUCCACAAGGGGGACAUUCAGUGUCCGAGUCCAAGGUUGUGAGCUGUCCCCCAUUGGACAGCACUUUGGGAACUCGUGGCACUGGUUUUCAGGCUGACGGCUCGCCACACAGAGCAGCAGUUCAAGAGGUUGUCCUGAAAAGGGACAGGCCCAUCACAUUGAGGUCUCCGCCACUUGCUGGAUUUUCCGGCAGCACGUCUUCACCAGAAGAGAAAAGAUACUUCAGGCGAAAUGCAUCCUGCUACAAGACCCAGCCUGUAACAGCCAGCGAGAUCAAGGCUACAGAUAACCUGGAGUCUGUGCGGUCCUUUCGCAAUCUGGUGCUGAAAGAAGCAUCGUUAAGCAUCUUCAACAAGGAAGCCUUCAGGCAGGAUCCGCAGGCGUACAGCAAGAAACCGGAAUUCCCACUGCCUUACAGCCCACCUUCCAAAAGCACCCGUCAGCAGCGAGAACGCAGACGUACCCUGCCAGUUACAUCGGAAGAGCUGGAGGAGGCAAUCAAGAUGGAUGCUGCUGGUCAGAAAAGAGUACCAAGCCCUGUAAAAACUGUUGAUGCAACCAAAGAUGACUCUUCGGAUCCCAGCAAGCUUAGUGUGGCUGCGAAGGUGUCAAUGUUCAAGAAGUCAGCCGUGCUAGAUGCUCCCCAAAAUGGUGCAGAGCGUAAACGACCAGCACGGUUCACUGUUGCCGAGCGCCGUCUGCGCUCCCAGACACAGCCUGUCACAACGGAGGAAGUGCAGCUGGCAGCCAAGGAGAUCAAGGAACAGGAUAAGCAGCCUGAAGUCAAGGAGGAUGAUCUGUCCAAGAUGAGCCUGGCUGAAAAGCUCAAGAUGUUCAACCAGAAGGUCACCCUGGAUGUGCUCACGCAAAAGCCACCCAUGCGAUCCAAUAGUAUGCGGCGAUCUCUAGGGUCCAAGUCGUGCGCUGAACCUGCCGUGCCUGCGUUGGCCACGCUUGGUGUGCCACUCAAUCGUGUACGCUCACAUUCAUCUCCUCCAGAAGACCCAGUGGAGCCUGCCCCUGGGACCAUCCCGAAAGGGAUUCUGAAGGUGCAAGUGGGACCCCAGCCUGUUGUCAAAAGCAUAUUGAAGCAGGACCAACAUCAGGAAGUCAAGGAAGAUGUCAAAGGCAUCCUGAAACAAGAGCCUGUCUCGGAUGCUGCACCUCCAACUCCCAUGAAGCCCAUUCUUAAGCCGGAGAAGCCCUCUGCCGAGUCUCCAAAAAGCUCCGGCAGCGAGUCAUCCUCGGAGGAGGAAGAAGAGGAGGAGGAAGAGGAGUCGAGCUCUGAAUCGAGCUCUGAAUCGUCUAGUGAGGAAGGCAGUGAGACCGAGGACAAGAAAAAGAUUCUUCUGGGUGGUCAGCGACAUCUGGUGAUUGCGCAGGGCUCUUCACCACAGGCUUCCCGCAAGGUCAUCUCAAACCCGGCAGUCCAGAGGAAGCUCAAUGCUUCACUGCGCCGCAAGGAGGAAGAGCGGAGGAGUGCUCAUGAAGUCCUUUCGUCUGAAACUCGGCUGCGCUCUUCCUACGCUGCAGCCAGUGACAAUGGACUGGAGGUGAACACACGAGGCCUCUAUGCUCGUGAGACCAACCGGACACAACCUAUCACGCAAGACGAGAAGACAACUUGUAGUGGAGGUAUUGCGCAAAGGUUAGAGGCCCUGAGAAAGAGUGGUGAAGACUGGCAGAAACGGGUUGACAAAAGCAAGCAAGACAUAACUACAUCGGACAUUGGUGCUUCAUCGCCAGUGUCAGUGCUUCGAAAAGAUGCGAAAAUCAUUGAGGUGCAGAAGUCCCCGUCAAUUGGUGAUCGUAAAAGCUGGCUGGAGUCCUCAUCAGAGUCUUGGCGACAACGUGUCCAGGAGUCUGAUGCCUCCCAGUUCACAGUAGCUGGGAAGAUGGGCAUCUCGGAGUCUGCAGCACAGCUGGCUGACCGCAAAAAGAAAACGCCCAAACAGGAGAAGUUUUCACCAGCUGCAUCGUCCAAAGCAGAAGUUCUUCGUCGGAUUCACCAGCAAGGGAUGCCAGUAUUGCCAGCUAUAUUUAAAAGCAAGUCUAUGCCAAAUGCAGCUGAAGAGCUAUCCCGCCUGAAAGCCGAAGAGGAAGAAAGACCACGUGUUCUGAUCCCAAAAGCUGACAAUGAAACAUUUACUUCGUUCUUUGAAAGCGUUCUCCCAUCGUCCAAAGAUGACAAGGUUGACAUCAGUGAAGCGGCUUUCGAUGCCAUUGUAUCUGACAAUGUCAAGCUUGGCCAGAGGAAGCAGAUCAGUGUUCGCAGAAAAAGGCAGACCAAAGGCAACCCACUGAAGAAACUGGCUUCUCGUACAGACAUCCAGACAGAGUAUGUUGAAGUACGCACAGAUGUUGCUGAGAAGGAGCUGAAACGAAUGAACAUUGAAAAGUUGGCCAAGACUUCCGACUUGGCCCUCUCAGCUUUGGCAGGGCUGGCCAGCACAGAAGACUUUCGUCGAGUGCAGCUCAAGAAGUCUGACGACACAAAUUCAUUGCUUCCAAACCGUGACCUCAUUUUGAUUCAGGUCAAAGGUCGGCGUCAUGUGCAGACGCGCUUGGUUGAGCCUUCCGUCUCCUCCCUCAACCAUGGUGAUGUCUUUGUGCUUGUGACACCCACUACUGUGUAUUGCUGGAUUGGUCGCCACAGCAAUGUCAUUGAAAGGGCAAAGGCAACUGAUGUGGCCCAAAGUAUACAGUCCAAGAAGGACCUGCUCUUCAAAGGGACCUCGGAGGUCAAGAUCAUAGACGACGAAAAAGAGGACAACUCUAAAGAGGCCCAAGCUUUCUUCAAGCUUCUUGGCGGUACUGCUGAUGACUGCAACCCUGCUGGCGAUCCUGGUGAAGACUUGUGGUUUGAAGCGGCUGUUGUCGACACCAACAUGGUGUACACUGUGGAAGGAGAUGCUCUAGUUCCGUACGACAAAUACUGGGGCAUGCAGCCGCGAGUUGAAAUGCUCCAGCCUGACAAGGCUUACGUGUUCAACUUUGGCAGUGAAGUCUACGUGUGGCUCGGAAAGCUUGUCCCCAGUGAAAUGCGAGACCUCUCUGUCAGACUGGCUGAAGAGCAAUGCAAGGCAGGCUUUAAUUACUCAGAUUGUGACAUCAACCCACUCUUUCCAAGAGCUGGGCCUGAAGAACAGAAGUCCAUGGCAAGUGAUGUGCGGCCCAACUGGACAUUGUUUGCCAAGGUGAACCAGCACAUGGAGCCUGUUCUGUUCAAGGAAAAGUUCCUCGAUUGGCCAGAUGAUGCCAAACUGAUCCGUGUCAAAAACAAAGCACAAGAAGAUAGCAAGGCUGAAUCUCUUGAUUCGGAGCUGAAGCCUUGUGAUGCCAAGGAACUGCUGGAAAGACUUCCCAACGAACCAGACCUUGAACUUUCAGGCUCCCAUUUGGGACGAGGACUUGAGUACUACGACUCCCUUGAACGCAGACAGUACUACAUAAACACACUGGCAAUAAAGGUUUGGCAUAUAACGGAAUAUGAGCACAGGACACUUCCGGAGUCGAGCUAUGGCCAGUUUUACAGUGGCGACACCUAUGUUGUCCGGUGGCAGUAUGCUGUAUCGCAAACUGGACGACAUUUGUCAGGGCAGAGGUCACGACAUGUGGCAGCAGGGCGGGAGCGAUGUGUUUACUUCUUCUGGCACGGCCGGGAUUCCACAGUUACCGAGCAAGGGGCUUGCGCUUUGCUCACUGUUGAGCUGGAUGAAGAACGAGGACCUCAUGUGCGUGUCUUGCAAGGUAGGGAACCACCCUGCUUCUUGAACCUCUUCAAGGGCAAGAUGGUUGUCUACAAUGGAAAACGGCAAGAGGAAGCUGUUGACUCAGGAGACUGGCGCAUGUUUGUGGUUCGUGGCGAGUGCCCCUUGGAGGCAGCUCUGGUGGAGACACCGGUUGGUGUUGAGAACCUCCGUAGCCGUGGCUCCUUCCUGCUGCUGAGUUGCUCCACCGGGCGCAUGUACCUGUGGCAUGGGGCCAAGUGCAACCCACACUCCCUGGAAGUGGCGCAGGCUGCAGCAAAGUCCAUUGUGGAAGAAACACCAGCAGAGAUGGCCAUAGCAAAGGACGUGGAGCCGAAACUAACAGAAGUGAGAGAAGGUGCUGAGGAGCGAGGGUUUUGGGAUGCAUUUGGUGGUGACAAGAAGAAGAAGCAGCACCUGUUUGUUUCACUCUUAGACAGCACACUCGAUUUCGAUUUCACGCCAAGACUCUUCCACAUGACACUGGUGUCUGGCACCUUUGAAGCGAACGAGGUGUUCUGCCCCUUUCAGAAGACUGACGUGCCUUGUGCCUAUCCGUUCUUGCAGUCAGACCUGUACAAUGCUCCACAGCCAGCUGUAUUCUUCCUUGACAACCGUCAUGAGAUGUACAUUUGGCAAGGAUGGUGGCCAGCCAACGACUCUGAAACAGGCCUACCUCGCAUUCCAAACAGUUCAGAAAAGGUGCGGUGGAACACAACACGUCGCCUGGCCAUGGAAACAGCCCUACACUACUCCCAAGAAACAAAUCCCAGUGACCCCCCAAAGGUGUACCUGGUGUUUGCAGGCUUGGAACCUGUGGAGUUCACCUGCCUCUUUCCAGAGUGGCAGGACAGGGAUGACAUUGCUACGAUCAACAUAAGAGAAGAUAGAACUCAUGGUGACAGGCUUUCAGUCCAGGAGACGCUUGCCCAGCUCACCAAGACCCACUACACACUCAAGGAGCUGAAGUCUGUCCCCCUGCCUGAAGGUGUUGACCCAAAGAGGCUCGAGUCUUACCUCACCGACGAGGACUUUGAGGCAGUGUUUGAGUGCACGAAGGCCAAGUUCUACGGGCUUCCAAACUGGAUGCAGAACAAGCACAAGAAACAGGCCGGCCUUUUCUGAGGUCCUCGAGAAAAUUUUAUGCUGGCCUAAAAUCGGAGAGAUGCCACUUCAGACGUGUCUUCACUUUGAAAGCGUGGUCUCCCCAGUGCCAACGGUGCCUAGUAAGAUGUUCGGGAUAUGUGAUCAACAGCUGUACCGAAAAACAUACAUGCAUUCCAAUAAUUCGACAUCUUCUCCAUAAUUGUUCAUGAGAAAAGAAUGUGGAUCAUACGUGUGAAGUUUGUAUGUGUUCUGUUUUAAUUAUGUGAGAAAUGUGGAAUUAUGAGAAUGCAUGUUAAAUCUUUUCAUUAUGGAUGGACAAAGGAGACCUUGAGAGGUGCAUCUGCUGCCAACUCUGCUGUCUCCUGCUAGAAAUGUGCUUUCUUUACCCCCCCCCCCCCCCCUUGCUGUGAUGUGAUGAGAUUUGCUCAUGUGUGUCUCGCCUGGCCCCCAUAACAUACCUAUAAAUAUUGCAGCCUCUUAUGAGAAUGUGACGAUGACCACCAAAUGUGAUUUUUCUUUUUUUUAUUUGCAAGUUGUCACAUGUCUGAUACUUCAUCUUUCUUCUUCUACAUUCUCCUUUUCAUUUCGUUGCUGUUUCUUUCUUAAUAUAUACGUAUCUGUGGUGAUGCCCCUUAUUUAACUAUGUUGUAUUUGUGUCAGAAUAUAUAAGUUCCCUUUGGGGACAGGCUGUUCAUAAUUUUUUUUUAUUUACCUGUGAUCUUUCAGACAUAUUGCACAACAUGGAGAUGCAGUUGACUUGUCAUUUUAGCAUUUGUUGCAAAAGGAAAAGACAGUGUAUUCUAUAUAAGGAUGAUUGAUGAUACUAAGGAAUAUCCGAGAAGUCAUGAAUGCAGCCUUGAACAAUUUAUCAUAAGCCCCUAGAACCUGCUGAGGAGCUGUCUGAAAUGCAGUGCUCCGUUCAAUUUGUAAGUGUGGCCAGAGUAUUUUUGUAUGUUACUUAAUGGGGAGCGACAAAGCAUAUAGCGGUCUAUAUUUUAACAAUAAAUGUGAAGAAAUUGACAGCAAUAUACAAUGUGAGACAUCUGCAAUCCCCAUUUUGCAGUUUUAGCUUUCUAACCUACAGUGUAUAUACAAGAGAUAUAUUAUGCCUUACGAUUUUGAUUUCCUUGUUUUGUUUUGUAAAGGCAUUUUGUUCAUAAUAUACUAGAAGCUGCUGAAUAUACACUGUUAACUUAUUUCACAUCGAAGGAAGGUUUUAUUACAAAUACUAUAAGACAAAAUUGCUUCUAGACUGCUGGUGAGAUCACACGAGAGCUGUGGCACUUUAUUGUAUAUACACUUAUAGAGCUGUAUAUUUUUUGCAAAGAUUGUAAUUCAGUGUUGUGCGCAGUUUGUGUGUCUUGCCAUCUGGUUGUGUUUAUAUCUUUUAUUUCUUUUUGUACAUUGUGAAGUGAUGUGUUGAAAGCCUCAAUCUGCAUCGAUGCAGAGUAUGAGUCAGAAGAUAUUAUCCUAACCAGUGCAGUUUCUAGAUAAGCAUGACAUGCUUGGUCUUCUAUUUGUCACAGGGUUCAUUACACACUUGCCAGUGAGCAUCGGGAGUGCUGUGUUUAAGUUUUUCUCACUCUUUGUUGAGUGCACUCCUUCGUUGUUGUGUGCAUACUCAUCUGUUGUGAUCAUGCUGACAAAUGCUACAAUAUGUUCAAAUGAAAUACAAGUGCAAGUGAUGGAAAGAAGUGCCUGCAUACAGUUUCAUUUUUUUUCCAUAUUUUUACUGAUUAUUCGUUAGUCCGGACAAGCCUUUCUCAGUUGCUUGGCAGCAAUGUUGCCAGCCGCAGUAUUGCUGAUGUGAAUUGUGAGUGCUUCCUUAGAUUGGCACAGUAUAUACAAUCAAUUUAACAAGUGGCUAGGCGAAUUAUGUUCAUUUGUACUGCAGUGUAGCACGCACCCUGCUGCUUCAUUGGCCACUUCAGGUUAAACAGGGUGUUCUGUACACAUACUCCAAAUGGAUGCCACAUCACCAACAACUUAAUGCAGUAGCAUCCACCUUGUGUAACUGCAUUUGUUAAAGCUUGUAACAGCUAGUGUGGCUUUCCUGUACCAUCUUUGAGGUACCACAGCUACAAAGUCAUGUCCAUGCUUUGCAGUGCUUCCUUCACUGUGCAAGCAGGGCAUUUUAGUGCAUAUGUUAUUGCCCGAAAUUAAGAAUUCAAAGGAAAUUUUUAGUGACUUGUUCUUUUUUCACUGAAACAAAAUGUGCUUGCCUGAUUUGCAAAAAGCUUACUAUACAUGUUUUGAGUGUGCAGGUCAAAUCUUGAACCUGGUGGAGCAUGGCAUUGGUGUUUUUACCCUGUAUUCUUUUAUCUCUUCAAUAUGAAAAGAAUAUGUUCCUUAUGAAACAGCAUUGAUACUGCUUACAAGUUGAGACUUAGUCAAAUGGCCACGCUGUGUGUUGUGUGUGUGCUUCUUCCACAGUCUGUCAAACUUUAUAAAGAGCACGUUUUUUAAGACAAGAUUUACAUGUUACUAGCAUUUUUCUGUAAAUAAAGACUGGUCGCUGUGUGCUCCCAUUUUCAUUGUU